GCCGAACCCACGACUCGAGUUAUACUCUGUACCGCCUGGGGGAGAGAUUGUCACCCGGGGCGAGGCAAUACGUGGAGACCGGAAGAGCGGACGGACUGGACGUGGGGGGUGACUCCCCCAGCACUCUACACUCCUUCACGGGUCCCCCAAUCCCCCAGGGUGAGGGCACCAGUGUUGCUAGAGCCUUUCUAGACGGAAACCACAGUCUUGUCAGCAUCUUCGCCAGGAUCAACCCCAGCCCCGACUGGUUCGUCGGGGUCGACUCUUUUCAACUCUGCGUAGAAGGCAACUGGGUCGACACCGUCACCGUCGAGCUGGACCCCCUUGACGGAGGCACUGAUAACGGCUUCACCUUUACUGCUGCCAAUUGGCCGACGCAGCCCCAAGGAAUCGCCUAUAGAAUCUCCUCCAGAUAUCCUGCCCAUCCCGCGGGAAGCUUUUACUACCCUAAUCUGCUGCACCUGCCGACAAUCGCAACCCUGACCUUCACAAAGAUGAGGGAGUACACCCUGACCGAAACCUACCACGAGGACGACGUGGUGGAGGUGGAGUUCGUCAGCAAAGAGAACGUCCUCGGGAACAGCCCAACUCCUCGUGGAACGGACCCUAAUCGAGACCUUAACGAGGCCAUUGCCGAGGAGAGGAGGGAAAUGGACUUUCAGAAAUUCAGGUACUGGACUGCAGGAAGUGGACCGCCCGUGACGAAUCCCCCUGAUAACAAGGGCGCCAUGACCGGAAGUGAAGGCUCCAUGGCGAAACAUGGGAGGUUCCUCUCGACACCUCCUUCGCAUCCUUUUACGAGGGUGCCGCAAUACACGAGCGAUACCAAGUCCCGAGGGACGCCCUUCGAGAACAGGGGCAGUUGGUAUCUGCGGAGAAACACGAACCCCAAUCCUGCAGAAGCCUACAGGGUCCAGAUCCUGCAGGACUUCCAGAGGAAGGCGAACGGAACCAACAUGGCGGACGGCGAACGGCUGCACAGGCUGAGGACGAAACACCAUAGGCUACUGCCGAACGGAAAACGCCUGAGAAUUAGACCUCAUCGGGAUUGCAAGGUAGGCGAAUGGGGUCCUUGGAGUGCCUGCAGUCGCACUUGCGGGGUAGGAGAAACCCAAAGGACGAGAAAAGUCACCGUGAAGCCUCGUCGAGGUGGAUCCACCUGUCCACCCCUGAAGGAGACAAAAUGGUGCGGCAGCGUGAGCCCCUGCAACCUGGAGAACGAGAAGCCGAACGAGGACGUCCAUCAAUGGUAGCUCCUGGAAAAGAUCCUGGUUAAGGACAUCAGAAGCUCGAAUUCGAUCCCAAGGAGACGCCGAGGAUCCCCCGAGUCCGAAAUGGCCGAACUCUGCGAUCUUCCGAAAACGGCUCGUCCUUGAAAAGGCUCCAGGGUUGCUCCCGAAAAUUGUACAGAUUAUGCAGUUUAGCUCAGAACUCGAAAGCUCCCCCUGGAAGGGAUGAUUUUCCUGGCGAUUGUUUCCUUUUAUCCCGUUUUUUUGUUCUAGAAGGAAAUUCGAAAGGAACACGGCUCGUCCUUAAAAUGCCGCCAGGGUGGCUCCUGAAAAUGGCAGACAUUUUUUCGGCUCCCAAAAAUGGCAGAAUUUUUCCCGGCUCCUGAAAAUUGUACAGAUUAUGCAAUUUAGCUCAGAACUCGAAAGCUCCCCCUGGAAGGGAUGAUUUUCCUUAAGGGAGAAUCUUUGAUUUUAUGAGAAUUCAUUUUUUUUUUUUUCCAUUUUUGGGAGAGAACUUCGGAAUUUCGAAAAGAGAGUCCCUUCACCUGAUUCACCCUGUACAUAGCUCGGGUUUGGAGUGUAAGAACGAGGAAGAGUUCUCACUAGCUGGAAGUUAACGCACUAAGUCUAGAUUAGCGUAUUUUCUGGAUAAUCUGUAGGAUUUUUGGAUUUUCGACCGAGUCGAAAUAGAAUCCCAUGUUCGUGGUCGGCGGGCCCAGGGAUGUACCAAAGAUACCUAACAAAUGUGUCUAAAGUGUUACUGAUGGAACGUUGCGAUGAUAAGGGACUUUUUGGAAAUAAUUUGCAUAAUUUUUGAGUCGCGGUUGAAUUUCUGAGAGGACCUCAAAUCGAUGAUCGAUGGGUUCGGAGAAAUACCAAAGAUACCAAAGAAAUGUGUCUAAAGUGUCACCAAUGGAACGUUGCGAUGAUAAGGGACUUUUUGGAAAUAAUUUGCAUAAUUUUUAAUUCCCGACUGAAUGUUUGGGAGGACCUCAAAUCGAUGAAAAAUGCCGAUGAUAUUUUCGGAAUGUGUCCAAAACGUUACCAAUGGAACAUCGCGUUGAUAAGGGACUUUCAGCGAAAUUCAAAAUGGCGGGCGAAGCGCGAAAUUCAAAAUGCCGAGUGACAGUCUCAAAGCGUGGGGAGAGACUUUCUCGCUUUAAGUGUUGAUUUUGACAAGUGUAACUCGUGUCAAAAAUUGCCUGUCUGGAAAUCGCAAUGUAAAGGGUCAAAUUAUCAAAUUUGAUUAUCCAAACUCCGAUUAAAAAAGAAAAAUUAUGUACAUCGCUCAAAGAUUUUCGAACAAAAUUUUAUUUUGCUAUUUUUUUGUCUUAAUUGAUUAAUAAUUAAACAGAGAGUGACGUGAAAAUCGAUGAAUCAUUUUUGAUAAUUACUGACGGGAUUAUCCGCGAAUUGACGGGCGAGAACGAGCGCCAUUUUGGAAACGUCCCUUUUUUUUCUUUUUUUUUUUCAUUUCUCGACAUGGAAGUACACAAUGUACACAAUGUACUCUUGUACUUACGACCGAUCGUUGCAAUAACACGUUUGACAAUCCGCUAAAAUUGCGAGUAAUCCGAAAACGCCCGUUAUCAGGACAUGCGCGAUUAUCAUAAGGAUCGCUCAAAAACGGGACGAACACUCGGCCUUUCUGAAAAUCCGAGAAAACCGUAAAAAUUGUUAGAAAAUUAGGCCCCAACCUUGUAAAAAUUCAAACGCUCCUCGUGUAAAUCGGUAAACGUAUUAUCAGGAUCUUAUCAGCCCUCGAAAAAUCGUGCGUUUUAGGAAAAACACUCCUUAUCGUCUUCCAGAUUUUUGCGAAUUUUCGGGACAUUUUUCAAAAGGCUGAUUUCGCCUGUUCCGAGGAUAAAUUUAUUUGCAGAAAAAUUGGGACGCCUAAUGUUCAUGGAUCUCGGAUUUUCUCGACGGAUGAAAAAAAAAAUGAAAAAACAAAAAAAUGGAAUUCAUAAGGACGAAAUCGUAUUUUCGUCCCAGGAGGAUCCGAAAUCGACCGCGCAUGGCUUUUGAAAAAUUUGAGGCGGUUAAUAGAUUUUUACAAAAUAUCAUCGGGUACGUCUUAGAUGAGUGUACUAUAUCUUAGGGAUUAAAGUUUAACGAUAAUAAUUACCGACUAAAGCUUAACUGUAACUCCUUAAUCGUAGGGUCGUGUUGAUUUCAAAUUUGAGAGGCACCGAAAAUUUCUCGAAAUUCGGGAGGAAUUUGGAAAGGCACUCGAUGAAAAUCGUGUAAAAAGAAAAAAAAGAAGUGGUCACUGUUAAUAAACUUUCCGUUUCUCGAAUUUCUUUUUUUUUUUUUCUUCCAGGACUCGAGGCGAGGGUUCAAUUAAUAUGAAGUUUCCCAUAAAAAAGCGAAUGGUGGAAAUUAGUCGACCGUAAUUUAGGAUAUACAGUCAAUUCAGAACGUACAUAUUGUAUAUGAUUGGUCGGUUGCCUUACUUCUUAAGCUUAAGGCCUUACUGUGACCCAAUAGCUUCCCAGAUACUAAUUAUUCAGCAAUUGCACUCUCGAGUUAAUUUUCCAAAUUUUUUUGUUAUAAACUGGCCGUCAUUUUUUUCCCCCAAAAAUCGAGCCGAGACAACUCAAGAAAAUCAACGACCGAUUUUUUACCAAAUGAAAUCCACGAAAUAAAUUACUAGUAAAUUGUUACUCUUGCUUAAAAAAAAUUAAAUCUCUGAAUUAUCAUUUAUCGUGCGAUAUUAAAUCGGACCGAGGAACGAUUUAUAAAUUCCGGAAAAUUGUGGAAAAAAUCGACAGACCAUUCUUCGUUACACUUUUUCGUUUCGCAGAAAUUACCAAAGAAUUUUUAGACGGUUACUCUUUUUUUAUUAUUAUUAUUUAAUAAUUAGGAAAAAUUUAUAAAUGGUUCUGAUUGUUGUCUAAGAGGUUCCAGUCGAUCGAUGACUGACAGGUGUCAAGUUUCGGAUAAUAAAAGUGGACGAUGACGAUUUUGACAGUGACGAUCAGGACGAUUAUGAUAAUUGUAACGACGACGACGAUGAUAAUUAUGUACAAGAUAACUGUGCAUUUUAGAUUUAAGAAAUUAGCACGUAGCUCUGUGUAGCGACUCAUAACAUAUAAGUUUAUAUUACAUAAUAAAAUUUAUCGAGAA